AUGGCGAGUAUGAGCCAGCAGGAACACUUGGGUGUCAUCUGCGUGGAUGUUAGCGAGUUGCUGAAGGAACAUGCGCGCCUCAAGGUUGAGAGGCGCGACAACAUGCUGCUCUACAACGGCUCGUACCUCAUCACGGACCCUUUGCCGCCUGCCACGCCACGCGCGUCAUCAACAGCAGGCGGGCGCACGCCGUCGACGUUACCGUCGCCACACAGGCCCUCCACUUUUCGAGUAAAGUCCUUGAAUAAGAGACGAAGUAGGUCGAGGGACAAAGGCCGCGUCACGCAAAAAAGCCGCAGUCGCAGUCGCAGUGGCAGCAGCAACAACCCCAACAAGCAAUGUAGCGAAAACUCUAGUAGUGAACACAUGCCCACUCCCGAACCACCGGUAGGGUCGUCGCCCAGCACCACUGCAAAUGGAUACAGUAGCACGAUCCUAGUGCAGAGGUCGAUACUGCCGACGCUGAACGAGGCGAGCGGAGCUGGUGGCUCCUGCACGACAGGGUGGCAGGGCGACGCGCGCCUCUACACGCCGCUAGGUGACAUUGACGACGGGAGUUCGCAGCAAACGUCAAGGGCGUCGCGCGAUUCUCGUCGGGUAGUGCUGUUGGAGGAUUCUGUUGACGGUACUUCAGUGGCGGAGGCACAACAGCAGCCGCAACAACAACCCAGUGAAUGUGAGUCUCCGCUGUCAGAGGGUGCUGCACGUGCGCUUAGGUCUGUCAUGGCGUCGAUGCAGCAACGCAUUUGGGCCAAGGCUCAGCGCGUGAAUGAGCCACUGUCGGGGGAUGGAUCCGAUGGCGUGACUCUUACUCAUGGUGACAAUGACGGUAGAAGCAGCAGUAUGACUGGAAGCGGUUACGCAGAGCCUGCCCCCUUGGCGAUGAUCGGCACACUGGGGGUUGCAUCCCUUCCCUCUACACCAGAUGCGUGGGGGGACCCGCGAAAGUUUAACAGCAGUGGGGAAACAGUGGCAGCACCGCGGCGUCGCGUAGCUAACACAGAGCGAGCUGCAACACGCCCGAACCGACUGCGCGAUGCGCGUGGGACAGAGCGGAUGGUGCUGUUGGGCAUCGUGCCGUCGCUGCCUAAACCUGUCCCUCCGAAGCCGCUUCCCUCAGCGCGUGGUGGCUUUCUUGCGACGCUUCCACCCGCGUUUCGGAGGGUCGCGCGGAAUGGCACGGCGCCUACAAAUAGGCCUAAACGGUUCUGA